AAAAUCAAAAAAAGAAAAAAAAUAAUAAUAAGGAGCGCAUUCCCGCGUCCAAAAUAGAAGAAAAAGGGAUUAUUAUAAUUCAGAUUUGCAGAGACCCCAAUUUCCAUCUGUUUCGGGCCAAUUCUCCAUUUCCCGCAUAAACAGAAUCUCACUCCCAAACCCAAAAAAACUGAAUUCUGAGAAGUUCCUCGCCGCCCACUUUAGCUUUGUGGGAAAUGUGAUAAGGUUGUAUGAAGGUGGCUCUUGUAUUAGUUACCGUGCUUUUAGUUUCGGAGGAAUACGGAAGCUUUUGAUGAUUUAGAACAGUAAUUGAUGGAACUAUAAUGGUUAGUUGUUGAUAUAGCUUCUAUAAGGAAGGUUUGAAACUAAUGAGAUUCCAGGAGUGGGAGCUGGGAAGUAACUUUACUCAGAAAUUCCUAAAAUUUUGGGAACAAGAGGGAUUUGAGGGCGGUUCAGUUUUGGACUGUACCCGAUGCGGAUGUUCCUGCUUCUGAUGUUCUUCAGGAUUGGGCUAUGAUAAGUUUGGAAUGGGCAAAGUUUUUGUACUACUUUACUGGCCUGAUUUUAUUUUUUCUUCUGAGCUCCCAGCCUGUAUUCAUAGCUAUUUUUUAUUUUUAAGUACAAGUGCUCUUUUAAAUGUGGAUCUUUUCCAGUUCUUAUUACGAUUCCUUAUAAGUAAGAACCUUUCCCCUCUCUGCCUCUACACUUCAUCCUCUGUUAAUAUCGAGAGUGACAUAAGUGUGAAGGGGUCUAAGUCUACUGAUUCCUUCAGUCCUGGUCAUAUAUUGGGGAAAUUUUGAAAACCAGGGCAUCUUUCUCUGCAGUAUGAAUCAGAGUCAAGGAACAAGCUCUUUAUCUUCGCCAGAUCUCCCUAUGAAGCGGAAACGUGGACGUCCACGAAAGGAUGAGAAUUUAGUUCACGGAGAGAGCAUGCCUGCAAUGCCAGGACCUGAUAGUUUGAAGAAAAACAAACAGAGUGCGGGUACUAAUGAUGAUGGUGAAGAUGAAAUGGUGGGUCGAGUGGUUUCUGGUGUUAUUGAAGGUUCAUUUGAUGCCGGCUAUCUUCUGAAUGUUAAGGUAGAAGACACCAACACUCAGCUGAGGGGUGUUGUAUUUCUUCCGGGAAAGUUCACUCCAGUCACUGCAGCAAAUGAUGUUGCUCCUAAUGUUAAGAUGUGCAAAAGAAAAGAAGUUCCAAUACCAGCUGUCAACCUGCAAUCUCAUCUUUAUGGUUCUGCCCGGCCAUCAGAGCAAAGUAACAGGCCACCUGUUGAGGUGAAAAAGCAAAUACCUGCAAUUCCAGACCAAAUUCCUCCCCGUAUUCCUCAGUGUGGCAUCCCGGAGACUCUUAGAAGUCAAUCUUUCUCUGGCAUCCCAGAGUCUCUUCAAAGCCAACGCAUCCAGGAGUCUCUUAGAAGUCAAUCUUUCCCUGGCAUCCCGGAGUCUCUUAGCCAACCAUCCUCUUUUGUAAAUCCUCCGGUUGAUAAUUUGCGAAAGAAUGAUGCCCCUGUCUUGGGAGGUAAAGUCACACCACAGCAACCUUUGGAUCCUGGACUUGAUAACCAAUCCACCCAUGUAAUGACAAAGUCCGAGAAUGAUGAAGUUGUUGAACAGGAAAAAGUGUUGGGGGAAGUUGAACCGGCCACAACAAUAACAGAGCCAACUGGUGUAGAGGACAAUAAAGAAUCAAAGACAGAAACAUCAUCUGAACCAAUUGGUGAGGUACUAAGCAUAGACACAGUAUGUAAGGAUCCUCCAAUUCAACCUCAGGCUGUGGGUUCUGAAAGCAGUGCCUUGGUUCAGGACGACGUAAAGAGCAUGAAUUUUGAGUCAAUUCUUGUAUUUGCUGAAGCUGCUCCUGCAAUGGCUACCAUACAAAGCGUUGAAACUGUAUGCAAGGCUCCUCAAAUUCAACCUCAGACUUUGGAUACUGAAAAGAGUCAAUUGGUUGAUGAUGAGGUAAAGAGUGUGAACGUUGAACUCAAUCAAACUCCUGUAUUUGCUGAACCCGCAACCAGUUCUGUCAUACUGGGAGUUGAGACUGUAUGUAAGGAUCCUCAAAUUCAACCUGAGGAUGUGGGUUCUGAAAAGAGUGCAUUGGUUCAGGAUGUGGUAAAGAGCCUACAUCUUGAGCUCAACCAAACUCCUCUGGUUGCAGAACCUGCAUUUGCAGCCAGUAAACCAGUUGACAAUCUGAUGGAAGAAGAGGCUGCACCAAAGCCGAGUCAGGUGUUAGGGGGAGGUACUGUUGCAUCUGUAGGAUCCAUUCCUUCAGCCAUGGGUGAACCUCCUUCUGGUGCUGUUGACAGUAUGGAAUGUGAUAUUGCAGAUGCCAUUUCACCUGCACAAUCUUAGAUAAGCUCCGUAGCACCAGGCUGGUUGGGCCGGUUUUUUCAUUUCGGUCACAAUUUAUGCUUUUCGGAUGAUGAUGUUCGUUUUUUCAGUUUUUUUAUGGUUAUCACUCCAGUUUCUUUUGGAAAGCUAUCUUGCAGACAAUUAAGAAGUUUGUUGUGUUUUGCUUUUCCCGUAUCUUACUUUGCCUUCCGUAAUGUUAAGUAUCAAAUGCAGGCUAACUUU